AUGUCCGAGAUCAACCGCUUUGAAGGUCUCUUUCGCCUUGAUGGCAAAGUAGCUCUCGUUACUGGAGGAUCACGAGGUCUCGGCCUCCAUACGGCGACAGCGUUCCUCCUUGCAGGUGCAGAGAAGGUUAUCAUCACCGCUCGAAAAGCAGAAGGACCUCAAGGUAUUGAUCAGGCUGUAGCGAAGCUCAACAAACUCUCGGGUAUCAAAGGAAAUGCUGUAGGAAUCCCAGCUAAUGUUUCUAAUGAGGAUGAGAUCUUGCGCUUAGUGAAGCGGAUCGAGCAGGAAGAUGGAAAGUUGGAUAUCUUGGUGGCGAAUGCAGGUGCAACUUGGGGGAGCAAGUUUGAGGAUGCUCCAGAUCAAGCGAGUGAGAAAAUUUUGAACUUGAACGUGAGAGGGGUGUUUUUGUUGGCACAGAAAUUUGCUCCCCUCUUGGAGAAGUCGGCAAGCCAGCGUGACCCUUCGAGAAUUAUCAUUGUGAGUUCAGUUGCUGGAAAGACAGUUCCUCACACGGGCGAGAAUGGAACAAUCAUGUAUGCGGUGUCAAAAGCAGCAGCCACACAUCUAGGAAAGAAUCUUGCAAUAGAACUUGGACCGCGGAACAUCACGACAAAUGUGGUCUCCCCAGGAUUCUUCCCCAGCAAGCUGGCUUCGGGCUUGAUCGAUAUCUUGGGAGGGACGAAGGAACUUGAGGACGAGAAUCCGCGGAAGAGGCUGGGCGAACCUGGUGACAUUGCGGGGGUGAUGAUAUAUCUUUGCUCACCAGCUGGGAAUUACAUAAACGGCGUAGACAUAUCUGUCGAUGGUGGGAUGAUGUAUACAGCGGGGAAGUUUGCAAAACUGUGA